GGUCCUGAGGAAUGUAACUGCCCAUCUAACAACGUCUUGUUAGCCAUAAUUGGGGUUCUUGCCUUCACAAUCCAUCUUCUAAUUUUUUACAUAAUCUGGCUACAUAAGAAAGGUAGGUAAAAAAUCAUAAGCUAUGUUAGAGGAUUUGGCUGCAAGAUUCAUUUUUAACCAAAAUUUUGACGCACAUCCACAUCAUUUGUCUUUUUUUCCUUUCAUCCGUUUUCAGGCGCUGUAGGGAAACAGAGGUAAGAAUUUACUGGCACUUGGAUUGUGUCGAUGUAAUAUGCCCGAUAUGGUUUCAUCUUAACACAAAAUUCCACUUGAAGCUGAUUAGAACUUUUCGUAUGCUUCCUCAAUUGUAGGAAUUAUGCAGAUGAAGGAGAUGUUUACGACGUAAGUAACAGUUAAGACAUUGUGGUUAUGUUAGCGUGGCCAGAAACUAUGUUAUCUCACUUUAUCUCUACUUUCUACGAGAAAAUAAACCCUUGCAGAAAAUAAGAAGGGGAAAAGGUGUAGUUCUACGAAACAAAAGCAUGUUGCAUUAGUGGAAGAUACAAUGAUACAAGGAAGGAAGUUAGACUAAAUAAGGUCUUUGUCCUAGGAUCCUGUCCUUUACCAAGCUACUUUAAAGAUUUUCCUUCCACUGUCCCUGAUGAUGAUACUUUCAAAAGCAGAGAACAAAAUGUUAGUAAUAAUGAGGACAAAAGAGAUUAUGAAGCUUUUGUUAUCUUUUGUUAUACAAGAAUGUAAAGGUUUGUCUGAUGAAAAUGGGUAAACUGAUUUUUAUAACCAUGUGGAACUUUUUAAUGGGAUUAAUAGCAGAUUUGUAUAUUAAUACCUUAACGGUAUUUCGAUUUAAUAGAAUGAAACAGGAUUAGAAGAUAUCGAACCAAGUGUACCCGUUUCCAGAAAACUCACUCAGCCUCCUGCGGAAUACAUGGAUCUCAUGGAAGUCAACAAGGAUGAUAGAAAAGCACAAAGAACAGCUCCAAGUGCUGAUUACGUGCCCCUUCAUCCGUUAACACGCUGCUGGGAAGUUCCAAGACAUAACGUGACCAUAGAAAAAAUCAUUAGUAAAGGUGCUUUUGGUCAGGUUGCCAAGGGAACAGCAGUAGGACUUCGAGGAAGUCCUGAAACGACCACAGUGGCUAUUAAAAUGCUGAAAGGUGAGCUUUUGUACCGUAAAUUGAAUGAAAGUCUUGACCUACAGCCAUUCAGGAAAUGUUAUUGGGUUACCGUAUUUUUUUAGCGAUUUGCCAUUUCAUAACGAGUGUUAUUAUUUCGGAAUUUUGCAUAAUCUCCCCAUUAACCAAAUUUUACUUUUUUAACGCUCCAGGAAACGCUACUGAAUCGGACAAGAGAGAUUUGAUGAAAGAACUUGACACAAUGAAGCAGCUGAAACCACAUCCUUACGUCAUUAAACUUCUGGGAUGUGUUACAGUAUCAGGUACGCUUUGGCUAUGGGGUCUAAUUUUGUUGUACACAUUUUGCAUCUGAUUCACUCUGUAACAUUUUCUCGUCAAUGGAAAAGUCACUGCUUCACAACUGAGCACAACAAACAACCACCGCAUAAGUUAAUUUUAUCUUUUUUCAGCCAACAUAGACGCUCCUAGAUCUGCUGAUAGACUAAGACAGAAUAUUUGCCACUGAACAGACCAUUCUAUUGUGUGAACAGAAACGCGUUUUGUAGGGGAAUAUUUGGUCUGUAACUUCUUAUGAGACCGUUACAUAGUUUUUCAGCUUUGCUUCGUAAAACCACAUCUUAUUUUCGUGCGAUUUCUUUAAAAGUAUUGAGCAUGACUGGGCUAUUCAUUUAUUUUCUUUACUGCUAAGUUUUUUAGAGAGGGAGUAAUAUAUCAAUUAAAUUGUGUAAUUUCUUUAGAAGAACUACUGGUUUUGAUUGAAUAUGUGCCUUGUGGGGAUCUGCUGGGUUACCUGAGAAAGAGCCGUGGAUUAAAAGACACUUACUACAAAGAUCAGGAUAUCAAACCACAAACAAAUCUGACGUCACAGCAGCUGAUGAGGUUUGCUUGGCAAAUUGCUGAUGGAAUGAGUUACUUGACCUCAAAAUCUGUAAGUCAAUUGAAAAAGAAACUCUAAAGCCUACUUGUAAGGUGUAUCGUCAUGUUAAGCUUUAUCUUGCAUAGAAUGUUAUGUCUUUACAAGAUCACGCUCGGGAGAUGCAAACGUAUUCUUACCGUCUUGAUGACGUUUUUUUUUUGUUAUGACCGAGAACCCUCACAACUUUGAUUUCAUCAUCUAAGUUUUAUUUCAAUAUGCGAAUGGUGAUGUUUGUGAAUCGUUGUAAGUGCACCCCAUCGAAAUAUAAUAUCUGGGUUUUUCUUGUGAACGCGAAGGCAGAGACGUGAAUGAAUAAAAUCUAUUGAGAUAUUGAGCCUAGUGAACUGAGUGUACAACAAAUAUCCAUUUAGUGACAAGGAAGAGAAGGAAUUAAAACUUGAAAUUUAUAAAUUCGUCUUAAACUGCUACAUUACAGAACCCUAUUUCGAUUAAAAUCUUACGAUAAGCGUUCUACGAAAUAACUACGUAUUGCACAAAUAAAGUAGUUUGCUUCUCUCUGGAAAAUGAGACAGUAAUAAUAGUGAAUUUAAUUUUCUUUCAUCUGGAAGAAAGAGAAAUACACACACACUAUUAUGUUGUUCAACAUUUCUAAUUUCUUAAGUGAACCAAUUCAUUUCAGUUCUUUUUCUUCUGCAGCCGCUAAUUCUUGCUGUUGCAUCAAUUCUUUCUUAGAUCAUUCACCGAGACCUUGCAGCCCGCAAUAUUUUGGUUGGACAAAAGGAAACGUGUAAAGUGACAAACUUCGGAAUGGCCAGAGAUGUGCAGCAGGAAAAUAUUUAUGAACGAAAGACUAAGGUAAUCAAGAACAAUGGAGGUGGGGGCAGUAAUUCAUAUCGUUCAGUUUUGUGAUCUUUCACAAUCAUUGUUGUGGUAAAGCUGAUAUGUUCCUGAUUUUGAUCAUGAAUUCCUUGGGUGGGACCCUAAUGAAAAUAUUAGCUGUGCAUAUACGAGUACAACUUUAAAAAUCACUCUCUUGGACUAGUCGUUACCUAUAAUUUUUGAACUGUUUCACUAGGUGAUAUUUGAAAUCUUUAGGGCCGUAUUCCCGUGAAGUGGACAGCUUAUGAGGCCUUGUUGUAUGGUAAAUAUACCACCAAAAGUGACGUGUAAGUAUAACUGAUUAUUACCAGUGGCAAUUUUCCAACAAGGUUUAUCAAUGUUAAUCAGGACAUGAAUUCUAUGCUCUGUCAAAGAAUACGUAUAUAUAUUUUAUUCGUCGUUUAUAUUGUUUAUGUCUACAGUCACUUAAUUUAUAUUCGUUUGAUUUGUCUUUCUGCAGAUGGAGUUAUGGAGUUUUGUUGUACGAGAUUUUCACCAUAGGUAACAUCGAAUGGAUGUCUUUUGUUAUAUACCAUGUUUAAUUUAAUAUUGUAUCUUGCUGAGUUAGACAAACGCAGUGAGCUUCCUCAUGCAAUCUCAAACUCCAUCAAGUGACGCAGGUGGUGUUUCAGUGAAGGUCGUUUUUUUAGUACAUUUAUAUUUUGAUGGUCUUUUGGUUCUUCCAGGCGGUACACCUUACCCACGAAUGGAUGGAAGAAAAGUUGCAGACCUACUUCAGGAUGGAUACAGGAUGCCUAAACCACAACAUGUGGAUGAAAACUUGUAAGUUUUAUUUUUAUACUCGUUAUCUCUCAUCGUACAAGGAAACGUUCUUUAAAUCUCAAACAGAUCAUUUGAACAAUACCAGGUAUGAGAUCAUGAUGCAAUGCUGGAAGAAUGACCCACACGCAAGACCAACCUUCACUGAAUUGAAAAAUCAGCUCAAGGACAUGGAAACCCAACACAAGGUGAGAAUUUUGAUCAACAUGAAAAUUUUGUUUUUCACGUAGGACCGACUGGCUUAGGCUCGGCUAAUUAGGAUUUAAACUAAACAUCAUUGAGCCUUGAAAGGGUAGUAGUAGGUACUCACCCUUGUAAUUUUUACGAAGUUUGGAUUGCAUCUUUUUGUUAUGUCACUGAAGCUAGCACUCCACGAAAAAACAGCGAAGAAGCGAACUACAAUGUCUUAAUGACAAUUGACACUUGAUGGUUAUUUGAAAGAUCAUAAGAUGAUUGCAUAAUUUCAUCGGGAUGCAAAAAGUGCGGCGGACGACGACGCAAUAAAUACUUUCUCCUUGAAUUUGUUUUGGUGUCAAAAGCUGACCAUUUGUGAGGAUAACCGCUUAUAACGCAAGAGGCACACUUUUUUAAUGAUGCUUGUUAUUGCAUUAUUUUUCUCUGCAGAAACUGAUCAACAUGAGAAUGUACGACAAGCAGUUGUCUGCAAACGUCGAGGAUUUAAUAGUGUAG